AUUGUUUUUAAAUUAUUAUUACUAUAUUAUCUGUAUAUACUUUUUUCUGUUUAUGUUUUUAUUUCAUACAUGCUUUGCCAAUGUUAACGUCUGUUUCCCCAUGAUGCGGAUAAAGCCCCACUGAACUGAGAUGAAUUGAAAGAGAGCGGAGAGAGAAGUUGUAUUGCUAAAAGUAGUAAUACCACAUACUUAGGUGAAAGUACAGAAGUAUUGUUAGCAAAUGUAGCCUACUUAAAAUAUCAAAACAUACACAUAUUACUAUUUUUACUUAAGUACAAGAUCUGAGUACACUGAGUAAAUGUACUUGGUUACAAAAGCUAUGCUCUUGUAAAACAAAUCAGUUUUAUUUAUGUGAAUAAAACAAUGUUUUAAUUGAUAUUUCUGAAUAAUGAAUUCAUAAUUAUUCUAAGUUUGCCCAGAUGAAGUUACUUAUUCUUAUUUUGAACCCUCCUCGUGCCUGUGACUCAGCUGCCUUGAACUCGGUUCCAUUUUUCCGUCUUUUAGUGGAGAAACGAAAGUGAAAGCAGGCUGAAGUCUGAGGAGCUCCGCCGCUUGUUUGAGUCAGUCUAUCGGUGAGUUUGUACCGGACGACAGGAUGGAUCAGUGUCCGCCGGUGACCGUGGAGGGGGACUGGAGUCCGGCUCAGACCAAAACCAUGAAGAACAAACUGCAGCUCUACUUCCAGAGCAAGAAGAAAUCCAGCGGAGGAGACUGCCGUGUGGAGGCGGAGGACGGAGCACCGAGAGCCGCCAUUUACUUCAAAUCAGAGGAGGUGAGAGAGAGAGUCCUCGCCAGGAAAAACCAUGAAAUCAUCCUGGAGAAUCAAACUGUCAACUUACGUCUGAUUUCUGCAUCGAGCCCAACGAAGAGUGACGACGUCUCAGAUAAAAAGACUCCAAAGUCAGAAGCUGAAACUGGAGAUGGAGCUUCUGCGGAGAACAAAGAGGAGUCAGAGUCCGCUCAGAGCGUCGCUGUGGUGUUGGACAACGUUGUGGACAGCAUGUCCAGAGAUCUGCUGUCCUUGAUGGUGGAGAACAUCUCAGGUUUGGUCGAGAGCGGCUACAGUCUGGAGAUCAUCUGGGAGACCAACAGAGCCGUGGUCACCUUUAACAGCCCUGCAGAUGUGGAGAAGUUCCUCACUGUGAGUCAGUCCAGGAAGACGCUGCGGAGACACGGACUGACCGCUCGGCCACUGGAGGCAGCAAAGAGCGUCCGAGUGGAGAGUCUUCCUCCGACUGUGGUUAAAGAAAUGUUGGACUUGUAUUUCGAGAAGAGCUGGGUUCUGCCGGACAAUAUCGUCAUGAUCCCAGAUGAAGAGGCUGCUAUUGUCACUUUCAAUGACCCUAAAGUUGUGGAAAGCAUUUGCACAAAAGAAUACUAUGUGAUGCGCUCCAUUACUAUCAAGGUGUAUCCGUACUACGAGUCCCUGGGCACCUCCUUGUACGGCAAAGAACGACCAACAUGGAAGAUGCCCGAGCCCUUCACAGAGAGGGUUCACCACGUUGUCUGGAAAUUCCUCCUGAUGAAGAAACAGAUAAAAAGAAUCAACGACCAGAUGCGUCCGUACUUCUGCAGUGUGGACUUGAAUGACCCUGAUGUGAAACUCAGCCCUCUCCCAAGCUUUUUGAGUCAGAAAGGUCUCACUGCAAAACAAGUAGAUAAUUGGAUGAGUACCGCCCUAGAGGCCUUCCGUCAGCAAAUGUCUCAGUACACGGCCUUUGAAUGUGCAGCGAACGUACCUGCAUGGAAAGCUGCAGAGAAAGACGUCCGUUCGGUUGUCAGGGAAGACGCCAUCCUGCAGAUGGAUACAUCCAGGGGGAUUUUGACAGUGGCUGGCCGAGCUGACAAUAUAAAACAAAUCAGGGCUCCUGUGGAGAAUAUCGUUCUUAAAGCCAUGAGUCAGAUUAAACGGCAGACAGAUGGUGUCUCUGAGGGAAUGACUUUGUCCCCUGCAAUGUUCUACAUCCUAAAGCAGGAAGGGUUGCAGAAAGCUGCAAUGAACAUAUCCCCUGAUAUGAACCUCUCCUACGAUGAAGGCACCCAGAAGUUAACCAUUACAGGACUUCCUGCAGAGGUUUACCAGACUAAGGCGUGGAUCUUGGAGAGGAAUGUGGGUAUGAGUAAAAAACAAAUGAAUGUCCCUCCAGGUCUUUUCGACUUUCUCAAGACAGUGGAUCCCAUGGAGAUGUCACAGCACUUGUUCACAUCCCAAGGCAUCAGUGCCAUCUACAGCAUUGAGAGCAAAGGGCUUUUCCUGUUGGGGAGUUCUGGCAGUGCCCUUGCUGACGCAGAGAGUAAGAUGAAGACGGUUUUGGCCCUGCAUACUGUGGAUGUGGAAGACCAGGAAGUUCUGAAACUUCACAAGUGGGUGGGCCUGACCCAACAGCUUUUGGACACCUACAACUCCUUUAAGAAGAAAACAGUGGCCAUUCAGAUCCACCCAGAGAGAAGAGACAAAAUAACGGUGGCCGGCUUCCAGAAUCCAGUGAAAGAGGUCAGCCGCAGUCUGAAGGAAUUCAUUGAGAACUACUCACGAGUUCAAGAAACGAUUCGGGUAGAAUCCUGCGCUGUUGUUCAGUUCAUUGACAAGAAAAAAUCACAAGCAUGGUCCAGUAUUGCCAAAGCUAAUGAUGUGACAGUCCAUUUUGAUGAAGAGAGGCCAAAAAUCAUCAUCGCUGGGGCUCGUCUUCAUGUUCAAAAAGCCAAAUCCUGCUUUAAGGAACUGACCAGUGCUCUCUUCACUGACAACUUCAUCGUGGACAAGCCUGGAGCUAAGAAGUAUUUCCAGUCUCAAGGAAGCCUGUUUCUGUCUACAAUAUUGACAGACUUCAACUGUGUGGUGGUGCUUCGUCCAGAAAAUCAAGAGGAAGAGGAGGAAGAGAACUAUGAGGAAGAAAAUGGCAUUUGUUAUUGCAAAGUGCAGACUGCGAGUGGAGUUCUGGUUUCGGUAAGCAAGGCAGACAUCUGUAGCUUUAGCGUUGACGCGGUGGUCAAUGCAGCUAAUGAGGAAUUACAGCACAUUGGCGGCCUGGCUUUGGCACUGCUCAAAGCUGCAGGACCAGAGCUGCAGAAAAUCAGCAACGACUACGUUUCCACAAAUGGAAAACUACGCCCAGGUGACGCCAUCGUAACAAGUGCGUGUAACCUGCCUUGCAAGCACGUCGUACAUGCAGUCGGUCCGCGGUUCUUUGACUAUGAUAAGAAAACGUCAGUGUCGCGUCUGAAGCUGGCAGUUAAAGAAAGUCUGACACAAGCAGAGAAGGUCAACUGCUCCAACAUUGCGCUGCCAGCGAUCAGCUCAGGUGUGUUUGGUUUUCCUGUUGACCUCUGUGCUGACACCAUAGCUCAGGCAGUGCGAGAGUACUGCGACAGUCCAGGAAGUCCGAGAUCGUUGACUGAGAUUCACCUGGUGGACAAUAAUGAUAACACAGUCAGAGUCCUGGCUACAGCAGUCAACAGAGAGUUCAUUGACCUUGGACCUACUAUGACAGUACCACAGCAGGCAGAAGGAAAAGGCACUUCAGGCAGAUAUCAGCAGGGUCGAGGUAGAGGUCCGAGCCAGUCGCCCAGGGGCCGUUGGUUUGGUGAACGAGGCGGAGGUGGAGGAGGACGAGGACGAAGAGGACGAGGAGGAGGACAAGAAGGAGGAGGAGGACAAGAAGGAGGGGCUAGGGGGACAGGACCGGGAUCUCGGGGAGGUUGGCAAAGCAACAAGGGAGAUCAGAGCCCCAGGGGACACACCAAGCCUGGAGGGCAUGGAGGGCCCGGGAGGAUGGAGCAGACCACAGCUGAGGGGCUGAAGAUUGUUCUCUGGAAGGGAAACAUUCAGGACCAGACUACUGCCGUCAUCGUCAACACCAUCUCAGAGGACAUGAACCUGAACCAGGGAGCUGUUUCCAAAGCGAUCCUGGAGGCGGCCGGGCCCGGCCUGCAGGCAGCUGUGAGGUCUGAAGCCGGGGUGGCAACGCUGCAGCACACGGACGUCGUCAUCACCGACGGCUUCAACCUCAUGUGUCAGAAGGUCUUUCAUGCCGUUUGUCCUUUUUGGGACAAUAGAUCCGGCCAGGCAGAGGAGGAGUUGAUAAGCAUCAUCAGAUACUGUCUGGAUGAGGCUGAGAAGCGUCAGAUGACGUCGCUGUCCUUCCCGGCCAUCGGUACGGGAAACCUGGGCUUCCCCAAAAACGUGGUGUCCAGAGUCCUGCUGAAGGAGAUCCACUCAUACAGCCGCAGGGCCUGUCCUCGCCAUCUGAGAGAGGUGGUCAUCGUCGUUCACCCGAGCGACAGCCAAACUGUGGAUUGUUUCACCAGGGAGUUCAAAGGUCAGACUGGUCAGAGGAACAUCCAACAUGAAGCACAGGAAUUUAACGAGCCACCAGUUGGGCAAUCAGUCAGCCAAUCGCAACAGCCCUCGGCCUCCUUCGGUCAGGUAUCGUCCCCCUCCCUCGGUGUGUAUCGGAUGCAGAUGGGUCAGCUCACCCUUGAGGUGUCGUCUGGAGACAUCACCAAGGAGGCCAGUGAUGUCAUCAUCAACUCCUCCAAUUCGAACUUCACCCUUAAAUCAGGAGUGUCCAAGGCGAUCUUAGACAGCGCUGGAUUAACAGUUGAGCGGGAGUGCUCACGGAUCGUGAGUUCUCCGGGUUACCAACCUCGUCCGAUGAUCAUGACGUCGGCCGGACAGCUGCCCAGCAGCAACAUCAUCCACAUCGUCGGCCAGAACAAUCCUGCAAACAUCAAGGACCUGGUUUACUCAGUGCUGAAGGUCUGCGAGGAGAACAAGUUCAGCUCCGUCUCCUUCCCAGCCCUGGGAACAGGUCAGGGGGGGGUCAACCCGUCAGCGGUGGCGGACGCCAUGGUUGAAGCGGUGGUGGAGUUUGUGAGGAAGAAGCACCCGAAGUCUGUUCGCAGUGUGAAGAUCCUGAUCUUCCAGACAUUCAUGGCGAAAGAGUUCCACAAGAGCAUGAAGAGGAGAGAGGGAGAGGAGGUGGAGGAGAAGACCAUCUUCGCCAAGCUCAAAGUUUCUGGACAACAACGGCGCUCUAUGGCUCAGAGGAAGAAGACACAUCAGGCGUUGACCCUAGAAACAAGAACAAACACUGUCACUUCGUUUUUUACGGGUCUUGGGGAGGAGCGGCCCAGCACUGAUGACUUGGUUCUGGAGAGGGAGGAGUUUGAGCCCACAGUGUUUCAGCUGUGUGCUAACAACGAAAAGGCAGUGAGUCAGGCUAAGAAAAGGAUUAAGGACGUGAUUGUGGCCGAGCAGGCGGAGAGCACCAUCACAGACCGGUACAUCAGUCAGCUGUCGCAGGCUGACAUGGACCAGCUGAAGGCCCUGCAGAGGAAACUCACGGUUAGCAUCCGUCUGGACCGAGGGCAGGAGGAUCAGGAGCCCAACAUCCACCUGGAGGGUCUGACCAGAGACGUCUUCACCGCUGAGUCUGCGGUCAGGGAAAUCAUCCGGAAGGUGGAGAGGACGGAGAACUUGAGGAGCAAGGCCUUGCUGGUUAGUGGUCUUGUAGAGUGGCAGUUUCAGCACCGCAACGGGACGAUGGUGCCCUUUGACAUUUACACCAACCUCAACCUGGAGGAGGCUCUGGAGAAAAAACAAAGUGUGAAUAUCAAGAUCCACAACGAAACGUACAAUGCUGAUGUAAUGCGUAGAAAAGCACAUUCAGCAAAUGGGCCUAAAAUGUUGGAGCUACUUAGAAAAGACUUGAAAGAGGACGCUGCUCUGCCGUCACAUUGGGAUGACAUGCAAGGCGACCUCCUCAAGCUGUUUCCUCUGGCUGCAGGAUCCAAGGAAUACAACAGUGUGGAGACAGAACUUACAAAGACCAGUCUCAAUGCAAACAUCAUCAGUAUUGAGCGGGUCCAAAAUACAACACUUUGGCAGAGCUACCAGCUCAAGAAGAAACAACUGGAGGUGAAGAACAAACACACAAACAACGAGAGGCAACUCUUCCACGGCACCGGAGCCAACUCCAUCGAUCUCAUCAACAAACAAGGCUUCAACCGCAGCUAUGCAGGAGCACAUGCUGCGAUGUACGGCAAUGGCUCUUACUUUGCUGUGGACCCGGUCUAUUCGGCACAAGGCUACGCCACGCCCGACACCAGCGGGCACAGGCGCAUGUACCUGGCCAGGGUCCUGGUUGGAGACUUCACCCAGGGAAGACAAGGCAUGAUCACCCCGCCCUCCAAGAGCUCUGGGAAGGCUUCCGAUCUGUAUGACAGUGUUACUGAUCAAACUGCCACUCCAACCAUGUUUAUUGUCUUCAAUGACAUCCAGGCAUACCCAGAAUACCUGAUCACGUUUACAUGAACUGUGAUCUCCUUGUGCAACAGCUCUGAAAAAAAAUGUACCUCUGUCAUGUGUGUCCUAGUUUAAACUCAGCUUACAAAAACAAUUUAAAAUAAUUCUAUAUCAUAUUGUAUAAUAUAUAUAUAUAUUGCCUAAUAUUUCUUAAAGGGGCAGUUGCCAUUUUCUUGAUUUGGUUUCCAAUCGAUAAAUGUAGAAGAAACCGUCACACUGUUUCUGAGUUAAUUUAAAUCAGCUAGAAAAUGUUCCAGUGAAAAAACAAAAACAGGAAAACUCUGAAUAUUAUAAAACCUUCAUCUGGCAUUUGUCACAUUGUAUUCUUUGUUUUGUUUUGUAAUAUAAUUUUAAAUACUGUUUAUUAAAGGCACACUGCAACAA